ACCCUUCACUAUUUGGACCAGCUGUCACUUUGUUAAUCACUGUACAAAUCUACCGUACAGGGCAACUUUUUUUAUAUUAACUUUUUCUUAAAUGAAUAAUUGAUAUAAUCUUUUUUUUUUUUAGCAUCCAAUAAGUUCUUAUUUUUUGUUGUCUUAUUGAACCUUUAUCAGUUCAAAAAUAAUAAUAACAAUUGUUACAAAUGGCAGUGUCCCGAAAUGCUGGGUCUCUUAAACGAAGAUUAUCAGAAGAUGUGGAUGAAAUAACGAGUUGCUCUAAAAAAACAAAGCUCGUUGAGGAUAACGAAAAGGAAACAGACUGUGAUAUAAAGCUCGUUGAGGAUAAAAACAAAAAAACAGAUAUGAUACAAUGUUAUGAUACAAUGUUUUUUGAGGAUAAAAAAAAAAAAACAUACUGUGAUACAAAGCUUUUUGUAGAUGACAGAAAAAAAACAGACGACACGAGUUUUUUCAAGUAUUGUUCAUAUUGUGGGUCUUUUCAAACUGGAUCUGUCAGAUCAACAUUUUGUGGUCAAUGUAGAAAAAAAAUAGAAAACGACUGGGAUUUGACAGUUACAAUAAUACGUCGAAAAAAAAUCAAACUCGAACUAUCUGAGUCCGAAAAAAAAGAAGUCAGAGAUUGCCUCGACACAAUUAAAUAUAUCAGAGGAGCUAACUCAAUACCAUAUAAUACGAUAGCAGCUCAAUUUUCACAUUUAAUAGACGAUCUUUAAAACUAAAAUAAUGAAUAGUGAAUUAUUAAUUGAAUUAACUUUUUGAUUGAUUGUUUUUUUGUAGAAUAAACUAAAAUCAUUGAAUGAUAACUCUUGCUCAUACAUAUUUUAUUAUUAUCAAUAAACAUAAAUCAGCAUGUUUGUAACAAC